AUGUCAUUCGCCGACUUUUGCAAAGACAAAGUUGACUUAGACUUUGGUUUCUCAAACCUCAACACUGAAGUAAACUAUUAUUUCAAUGCUGCUGGAACUGCUUGGGACCCAGUUAAGUUCACAUGCGAAAAAUUUGAAUGCAAGAGAAUAGAAAGCAGACUUGCAGUCUAUAUGUUGGACCCAGAUAUUUCAAAUGCUUUAGCUGCCAAAUAUAUUGCAGUUCCACUUAUGUUCCCUAUACACCAAAUAUCUGUCAAAGACUUUGCAGGUGAAGUUGGAAACCAAAGUGCUGACCCAGGUGCAAGAACAGAUAUUGCCUUAACAACUGCAAUGAAACAUGCAGAUACUAUGUUUGUACUGUUCAGACGAACUAUAAAUGACUAUUCUUGCUUCUACAACCCUGGUAUUAAAUAUCAUAUAAACAUAGAUGGCAAAUACUAUCCAAGAGAAGAAUAUUCUACAGUUGAGGAUAUGAGGUCAUACAACUUGACAUUAGAUGCUAUGAACUUUAACAACAACUUCACAACAACCAUUAACCCUGAAAUGCAAAGUUCUAUUAUGCCAUAUGUGAAAGUAUGGACUCAUACAGGAGCUCAAAAAACUCAAUAUACAAAUGGAGACCGUUCAAACUUUUGGCUUGGCAUUCCAUUUGCUGACUCAGAAGACUUUAUGGGUGGUAUUUCAACUGUUGGUACA